CAUGCCACAAAGAAGUUCACCACCUUCCUGUACUCAGCUUCUUGUCCAUCUCUGAUCCACCCCACGACUGCAGAAUCAUCCGAGUAUUUCUGCAGAUGACAGGAGUCUGUCUUGUACUGGAAGUACAGCAGAUUCCAAAGUCCUGUGAAUCGAGAGGUGGUUCCUCUCUUGUCUACUAUAUCCCAGGUUCUUGAUUUGACUGAAAGCUGCAGAAAGCUGUUGGUCUACAGUAGCUCCUCUGUAGAAUCGGACCACAUGGACCAGCUUUCACAACCCAUUUCCAUUAACCUUCUGCCAGUUCACCCCCUGUUUCUUCCAUGAAUUACUUCCGAAACAAUACUGACCACUGAAGAGACCACAAGAUGUGUAGUUUUGAAGAUGCUUUGAACAAGUGGUCUUGCCUCGAAAAUUCAUUUCUUGCCAAACUUACUCAACUGUUCUUGUUAGUUAUGGAAAGCGAUUUUCUCCUCAAAAAUGUUGCCUUUCCAAAUAACACAUUAAAUGGAAAAGUAACUUUAUUUUUCCUAGGAACAAUGGCAUCUUAAAAUGUGAUUAUGGGUAACUUCUGUUUAACUUUUUUCCCCUUAAGUAUGAUAUAAUUUAGAAUUGUGCAUGUCAGCUUCUGAGAGCGCUAAUAUUAUGAUAAAUGAAGUUGCCGUAUCACCUUCCCUGUUUGGCUAAGCUGAUGGCAACAAGCUAAGUGACCUCACCACCGCACACGGUUAUUGGCCUGCAGACCUCAAUCUUCCUAACCAAUCAAACGCCACUCUGGUGACGUUUUUGGUGGCCAAUCAGAGCGGCUGCUCUGAUUGGCCAUGGGGCAGGACAAAGGAUGCUGUCUUGUUUUAAGCACCGCUGAUUGGCUGCAAGAAGAGGCUAAGAAGAGCAGACCUGAGCAUAAGAAUGUGGGAGUUGGUGUUUUUUGUGGAUCUUGGUGAAACUACACUCCACCUGUGGAUCACAGUGAUUAGGCUGCGCACGCAGACGCACUACUAUAAAACACAGGGGGUUUAUUAAACUUACGCUGAUGUAAAAGGUUUAAAUAAAUAACCUCCAUAACUUUUUGGGGAAAUUAUAGAUUGAUGGACGUUGCUGUCUUCUAUUUGAUUCAGGUCGCUGCGUUUUAUUUAAAUAUUAGUAGAGAAAUAAAGCUGUGAUUUAAAAAAAGACGAGAGAAACCUAUUUUCCUGUCCUGCGUUAGCAAAUAGUCUCACAGCUAUCCCAUUGGUCCGCCGCCUCGAUCUCCCAACAGCUGUUCUGUUUUCCCACACUCCGAUUGGUCGAGCCGCUUCGUCCGUCAAAUUUACUUGGACGCGAAGACCCGCCCUUUCUCCCUUUUCGCGCUAUUCCAUUGGCCACUGUAUUCCUUCUCGCUGCGCCAUUGGCCGGACGGGCUGGUUGUCAAGGCUCCGGGUCUUCAUUCACCAUUUUGCGACUGUAGUGUAAAAUGUCCAGGGCAGGAGUUUUUGCUCCUUUUAAGUUGCUUCGUCGGAGAAAGAUGAGCGGCCGCUGACGGGCAGCGGCGGACCACCGUGCUCUAUUUUACCCGGCGGAGGAGCAUCCUUUGAGGGGGUUUCGGGGGGAUCUGUAUUAUCUCCGAGUCCUUGAAAUAAGGUGGGGAAGUGCUGGAGUCGCACAGCCAAAGGCAAGGCAGAAUGAGAAAGACAGGCCCCGACAGAGGAAAAAAAUAGACAGGAAGCAGGACAAACACAAACAGGACCACCAAGGAGAUACUCUGGGAUAAAUAAAUUAAAAGAUCUGUUUGGAGAAAAGGCCAGGGAGAUAAAAAGAUGAAGCCGAUAAAGAAGCAGGGGCGGCGCUCCCCUCAAUCCACCCGGGCCAAAGGGGGGAAGCGUCGCGGAGUCGGGGAGGCCUCAGACGGUGGAGAGAAGAGAGAUUCAGAUGAGAACAGAGACGGAAGCAGAUCCCCUCAAAACCGAGGUCCCUCCUCAUCUUUUUCCUCCAGUUCACACUCAGACUCCUCUCAGGCCGGCCUAGUGCCGGUGCGGGACACUUCAGAUGGGGAGGGAAUGUCCGAGACAUCGGUAUCUGUUGUGAUGGAUUCAGGUAAACUGCUGACAUCCUCUGAUCAAAGGUCUGGGAGGGUGAUGCUGAGCGGCAGCAGCAGUCACUGUGACAGUGGUGGUAGUAGCUGUAGUAACAGCAGUACGCCGAGUGCCAACAACAGUCCAAAUCCCGCUUCCAGCCGGAAAACUGCCACGUUUAAGGCACGCGUUCCCAAGAAGAAGUACACCUCUGAACACUGUUCUACCGCUACUGCCAGUAAUCAUAGCCACCCUGCAUCCUCUACACCCCCUCCUCCUCCCCUGAGUGGCAGGGUCCUCAACCAGGGGUCAUCAGGUUCAGGAGUUGAAACCAGCAGCUCUCGUUCCGACAGCAACAGUCAGAGUAUGAGCCUGAUGGACAACUUUUCCAGAGGAAGAACUGGCAGAGAGAACUCCCAGGAAUCUCCAGGACCCCCUACGUUGUCUCUUGGAGGGGAGAGGUCUGGAGGAGGGGAAGAGCGAAUAUCCCCAAGCCCCCUGCCUCGAUGUUCUUCAACAGACACUGCCAGCGAACAUUCAACGGACCUGGAAGUGGUUGGCGACAUGCCGGCGAUCACACAGAUGUCUCAUUCUAGGCCCAGUCUACCCGACACACUGUCAGACACCCUGGCUAAAGGGUUGAAAAACCAGCGCGUCCUCGCCCGGCAGCUCAGGAGACAUAAAUCUGAGGAAGUAGGAGGCGAAUCAAGAGAUGAAGGGAAGUGUUCGGAAUUUGUGUUCAGGGCUGGGGUAGUCCGUAAGGUCAGUGGCAGAUUUGGUUGUUUGGAGGUGCAACUGAAUGGAGAGAAGACAUUGUGCAGUUAUUCUUACCGACAUGACAGCCCUCCAGGGUUAGUGGAAAUUAUCUUAGAUGCACCUCCACCUGGUGUCAAUACAAUACCUGUUGGCACCGGUGUCUGUGUACCAUUUGGCAAUGAAGACGGUAUUGAGGGCCAGUGGUUGUGGUAUAGAGAAGGCGUGGUGACCGAGGUAGACACACACCCAGCUGUAGCCAACCGUUACCGUGUCCUGCUCUCUGAGGGAAGGCCUCAUUCUCUGGAUGUAGAAGAUAGCAGAGGUGCUCCCCAGGCAGUAUGGGUCUCCCGACAAACUCUCCGGCUUCUAGUGCCACCAUGGGACCUCGAGUUGCCAUCAUGUGGCGGCCAUGGAGGAGAAGAGGGCAUCAGAGAAAACGAUAAAAAGCCUGAAGAACGGGAAGAGUUAGAUGUGGAACAGGAGGUGUGUAGCCUCAGCCAAGGAAUGACCACUGGCAUGGGCUCAAUGUUUGGGAGGGAAAUAUCGUACCCAGGUAUUAUGACUGUCUCCUCCACUGCCGGCCACAACAUUGCCUCACCAGUUACUCCAUCAUCUGUGUUCAGCCUGGCUCCUUGUCGAGAAUGGGAAAUUGAGAAAGACCUGGAAACGGAGCGGGAGCUUAUGCGAAAACAGGAGAGAGACAGAGAUAGAGUGAACAGUGCAAAGCAACACCACCCAUACAUGCCACUCACCCCUGAAGAAGACAUAGAGGUGUCCCACUUUAACAUGGUCCCUCUUGGGGCAAUCAUAUCUGGGACCAAAGCAAGACCAGUUCACCACCAGAUUGUCUCAAAGCCCCCUUCUGGCUACCUCAAUUCCCACCUGCCUGUUGUGCGGAGCAUUGGUAUUUCCUCAAAUCACCUGGCCCUCAACCCCCACACUAAUCCAUCAAAUGUCCUGUUAGGCCUUGACUCAACAAAUGCAGCAGCUGGUGCUGUCAUCACUGCCCCCCAGCUCCCCCCUCUUCCUCCCAUCUCCUCCUCCACUACAUCCUCCAGAGUAGAGAAGGCUUCUGGGGGAUCAGCCAGUGGUGGAGGAGGACCAGGGUCGGGUUCAAACUCUUCCUCUGCAAACCGUUCCCGCACUCCUCUAACUGCAGCCCAGCAAAAGUACAAGAAGGGAGAUGUGGUGUGCACACCAACGGGGAUCCGGAAGAAGUUCAAUGGGAAGCAGUGGAGGAGGUUGUGUUCUCGGGAGGGCUGUUCCAAAGAGUCCCAGCGACGAGGAUACUGUUCCAGACACCUUUCGAUGAGGACCAAGGAGAUGGAGGCCAGCGGAGGCAGCCGGGAACGGAGCGGCGCCAGCAGCACGGGGACUCUGACGCCGUCCGACCUGCGACUUGGUGGCAGGAGAGCCAGCUCAGAGUUUGACUGGGAUGAGACAUCAAGGGAAAGCAGUGAAGCCAGCAGUCGUGGAGGAGACUCCCGUCCCCGCUUAGUCCUGCCCUCCCUGCUACCCCAGGACCUUUCUCGUUUUGACUUUGAUGAGUGUGAGGCAGCAACCAUGCUGGUCUCCCUGAGGGGCUCCCCCUCUGGCACAACAUCAUUUUCUCCCAUUUCUAAUCAAUCCCCGUUCUCACCAACUCCGUCACCCUCCCCCUCACCUCACUUUGGCUUUCGCCCUGCCAAUUUCAGUCCAAUCACUGCCCCAGCUUCACUUACUCCACGCCGCCCUCGGCAGCUCAGUGGCACUAAGAUGGGUACGCCGGGUUCUGAGAGGGAGCGCCACUUGUCAGGAAUUGUACCCUCCUUUCAGACCAACCUCACCUUUACAGUUCCUAUGAGCCCCAGCAAGAGGAGGCCUGAUACUCACCCGCCCCCUCCUCUACCUACAGUCCAUGACUACCAAAAUAAAACAGACCAGCAGCAGCUGAUAGGUGUAGGGGGCAGUAUUGUUGGAGACCCAGCUGCUUUCAGAGUUCUCUCCCCCCACAGUCAGCCCACAACACCUUCCUCACUUUCCUUUUCACGCCCUCGCAGCGCCACCAGCAGGCCGUCAUCCUCUGCUGCCUCUACUCCUCCUCCCAUGCUGGUGUCUCCUACUCCUCCUUCUCCACUGCCCCAGGAACCCUCCCCACGCCGCAUAGUGCCCCUUCGUGACUCCCCAGUCAUUGUCCGAAACCCAGAUGUCCCCUUGGCGAAGUUCUCAGAUGGCCCGUUGGCGAGACGAGAGAGAAACCGGUCGAGGGACCAGAACCAGCCACAGCAUCCAGGUCCCCCAUGCCUGCAGGCCCCUGUCCCCAUCAACGGGGCCGCCACCAAUCCGGCGGUUCUCCUGCGGAACCCCGCAUCCACACUGGUCCUGGUCACCUCCAGUUCUUCCCUGACACCAGCCACAGCCGGCCAUGCAGCCCUGUCCGGCGCCACUGCUCCAGGGUUGAUCUCGGCUCCAUCAGGCUCUGCUCUGUUCUCGUCCGGUUCUGGAGGCAGGGACAGGAAACCGGAGGGUUACCAGGACGCCCCAGGAGGCACGCUUCCGCAGCCGGUGGCUUGUCACCCCACGCCGACUGCCUUGUUGCCACUCAUACUGCCAGCUGAGUCGCCUCACCCGGCGCCGCGCAAGCAAAUCAUCAUGGGUCGCCCGGGCACAGUUUGGACCAACGUGGAGCCUCGGUCAGUGCCAGUGUUCCCUUGGCAUUCGCUCGUCCCUUUCCUGGACUCCAGCCAAUCAGGAGCGCCUGCCCAGCCUGCUGAUGGCCAGCAGCUUGUUAAUCAGAGCAAAGAGCCUCGCUGCGCUGUGGCCCUGGUGAGUGAAGGGCGGGCAGACCCCCCGGAGCCGGACAGAAGGUCGCCGUCACGCCCUCCCCCAACCAAUGACAAUCCUCCUGCAGACAGGGGUGCGGCGGACAGCGAGACAGAGAGUGAUACAGAUGAUCCGUUUUCCCCCGGUGGGGCCAACGAUCCAUCUCCCUCCACCGGACCCUUGAAGAGACGCACGCAGUCCCUCAGCGCCCUGCCCAAAGACGGAGACAGGAAGAGGGAGAAGGACCACAUCCGUCGUCCCAUGAACGCCUUCAUGAUCUUCAGUAAACGCCACCGAGCUCUGGUCCACCAGCGAAAUCCCAACCAGGACAACCGGACUGUCAGCAAGAUCCUGGGGGAAUGGUGGUAUGCUCUGGGGCCCAACGAGAAGCAGAAGUACCACGACCUGGCCUUUCAGGUCAAAGAAGCCCACUUCAGGGCCCACCCUGACUGGAAGUGGUGCAACAAAGACCGCAGGAAGUCUCUGUCUGAGGGCCGCGGGACUCCGAAGGAGCUGCGGGAGAGGAGCAUGUCCGAGAGCAUGGAUGCCCUCUCGGAGUCCCAGGUGCUGGAAGGAAAAGGAGGAGGAUCGGGCUGGCCGGGGGGAUCGGAGCGUCGAGGGGGGCCUCUGGGGGGCCAACACCCCCGGCCCCGAGCCUUUUCCCAAAGUGCCGUGCACACCCUGGAGCAGAGGGAGAGGCAGAGGGAGCUGGAGAAGGACGAUGGAUCCGGCUUGUUUCGAAACCGACCGCCGCCUCCGUCGCUGUACCAGGGUGGAGCCAACGAUGAUGUGACCAGCGAUGAGGAACGCAUGGUCAUAUGUGAAGAAGAAGGAGACGACGAUGUGAUGGAGGAUUCGUGUCCUGAAGGCUCUAUUGACCUCAAGUGCAAGGAGAGAGUGACAGACAGCGAUGAAGACGAACCGGAUGGACAGCCUGAGGCUCGCUCCUCCCUCUGCUCCUCUCCCUCCAUCCUUCACUCCGACUCCUCCUCUAUUAAGGGGAACGGAGAGGCAGGAGUUCCUGGAGACGGAGCAGACAGGAAGAGGAAGAGGGGCAUGGAUGGAGCCGAGGAGGAGAACGGGACCAGGAAAAAGGAAUCAUCAGGAGGUGGAGGAGGAGGUGGGCAGAGCGUCUCCGUCAGUCAGCUCCAACAGGUUUUGCCCCAGGUCCUCGGUGGGGUCCGAAUGACUCCUGCAGUGGUGACCAAUACGGUACGCCCAGUCGGCAGCACCCCUAUCCCCAUCGCCAGCAAGCCAGUGGAUGGAGCCAUCGCCGUCAGCUCACUCCCGCAGGAGAAGAAGAAUAAUCUUCUGAUCGGAGGAGCUGGAGCCCAGCUCGCCACAGGGGGUGGGUACCUAACGUCAUCCUCCCCCCCUGGUCCACUUACUAUAACCCCUGUGGGUAACAGCGGCCUGGUCACAAGCCUAUACCUUCCUGCUGCACAACCCCUGCAGCUCAUCUCCCCUCAGCCUGAAAUUCACCCACCUGUCCAGCUACACCCCACCUCCUCUAUCACACCUCCCACGCGGCCCCAGCCUCUGCCGCAGGUCCAGCACAUCCCGCCCACCGAGACCCUACCCUCUCCUCAACUCACCAACCAGCACAUCCUCCCCCUGCCGACAAAUGGGGUGCAGUCGGGGGUGGGGAUCAGAGUGAGCCCCGGGACCAGAGUCCAAGCCCAGUCGCCACUGUUGCAGAGCAAGAUGUUGGUUCCCAUGGCAACAGUGAGGAUGGGGUCUACGCCUCCUCAGCCCUCCAUCUCCCUGGUGGCUCCGCCUCUUCCUGUGCAGAAUGGCCCUGUGACAGGAAACAAGAUCAUCCAGAUUGCUCCAAUGCCCGUUGUGCAGACCAGCGUCCAUCCGAGCGCCACGGCAGCAGUGCACUCUGGGAAUCCAUUCCCUGUAUCCAUGGCGACAGUGAUGGCUCCCAGAGCUACUCCGCCACAGACCGUUCUUCUCACCUCCCCACCCACCAGGAUCACCUACGUCCAGUCCAGCCCAGGCGGUGCCAUGGCGGCGACCCAACAAGGCGCUCAGCCUCCCGGCCCUGCAUAUCUCUCAUCACAUCUGGCUGCUCUGGGCUUCACAGCCAUCACCGCGUCUGGACAGACCCUGGUUCAGCCGAUCGUCGGCCCGCCGCCUCUGCUGGCCCCGGCUCCGCCCCUCGGCUCUCAGUCCCAGACUCCUCCGGGUCAGAACGCCGUUGGCCAUCAGGUAUUAACAGCCAUCUAUCCUGCACAAACCGUUGCACUGGCGACCGGUGUGGUGCCGGUGACAGCUGUGCCCCCUGCCGUGGCCACUUCAGCCCACGAUGCUGUAAACCCGGCUUCCCCGAGGACCAAAGCAUUGCAGGGUUCAGCGGUAGGGGCGACCUUUGAACCAGGGGCUGGAACGGAGGUUGUGGUGAAACAGGAAAGCCAGCUGGACGCUGAGACCGAAGGGUCAUUAAGCUGUAACCCAAGCUGCUUCCUGGGCAGCUGUGAAAGUGGAGGUGCAGCAGUGAAAAAAGAAGAAGAGAUCUGUCUGACCAUCAAGGAAGAAAAUAUGAGAGAUGAAGAGGAGAGAGAGAGACAAAGUGAGGCAGACGAAGAGCAAGAUGGUGCGAUGAAGGAGAGGAGAGACCAGAAGGAAGCCAAAGAGAUGGAGAAAGAAGACCGCAGCGCGGCAAACAGCAGCAAAGAGGCUGGACCUCGUUCUCCACCACCACCACCACCACCCUCCUCAGGUCUGGACCCACCUCCUCCUACACCAGCAGAAAAAGACGCCCCCUCCUCGUCCUCUUCCUCCUCCAAGAAGAACAAGUUUCGACCCCCUCCACUCAAAAAGACAACCGACUCUCAUGACAAUGUCUUGUUGGAGACCUCCUUUGAGGAGCGCUUUGCUGAGCUUCCAGAGUUUAACCCAGAGGAGGUCCUUCCCUCUCCCACGCUGCAGAGCCUGGCCACCUCUCCACGAGCCAUCCUGGGAAGCUACCGCAGGAAGAGGCGCAACUCCACAGAUCUUGACGGAGCAGCAGAAGACCCCAGCUCCCCCCGGAGAAAGACCUGCCGUCUGUCCAGCUGCAGUUCAGAGCCCAACACCCCAAAGAGCGCUGCCAAGUGCGAGGGAGACAUCUUUACGUUCGACAGACCAGGUCCAGAAGCCGAUGUUCCACUGGGAGACCUGGACAGGGUUCCUUACUCGUCUCUGCGUAGGACGCUGGAUCAGCGUCGGGCACUGGUCAUGCAGUUGUUUCAGGAACACGGCUUCUUUCCCUCAGCUCCAGCCACAGCUGCCUUCCAGGCACGCUACCCGGAAACCUUCCCCACCAAGGUGUGUCUGCAGCUGAAGAUCCGCGAGGUUCGUCAGAAGAUCAUGCAGACGGCCACACCGGGAACACUCGAGUCUGGAGGGUCAUCCGAAGCCGGGCCCGCCUUGACCCACAGCUCCUCGUCCGGUCAAUCAUUGCGGGACGACGGAGGGACGGAGCAUCAGGGAGACAAAGGCCAGGGCUUGGAGGAGCCGAAAAGUGAAGGAUCGUAAAAUGGAGGAGAUCCCGAAUCAUAAAAAAAUGUCACUGAAAAAAAAAGAGAGAAGGGUGUGUGAACCAAAACUUUGGACAGGUUCCGCUGACACUGAUUUCCACUAGACCUGGGCAAAAACACAGACAUAAGAGCUUAAAUAAUAAAACUACUCAAGACAGGCUUUGAUUGUCGAAUCAGACCUUAAAGUGUUCGAACCACAUGCAAGGCACGCUCAGAAGUGCUUGAAUUUUAUUUUAUCCUGAAUGUUUUUCCUGGAAGGUUUUGCCCAGGUCUGCUCUCAGCACAUUGCAGGAGUUUGGGACUCAAACUCUGUGGUACACACUCUCUGUCUCUCUGGUACACACACAAGCAACACUGGUGCAUAUGUAAUCUCCAGCACGAUCCCACACACAGACACGAACCAAAUUAGACUGUUACUCUUGGUUGUUUGUCCCCCGGAGUUGCAACCAAGGACACGACUCACAAAGGCACUAUGUCACUUACCGUGCAGAUGCAGUUUGCUGUUGCCAGCCAGCCAGCCAUCCCUCAGAUGCCAUUGACUUGACCUCCUUCGCGCCCUUCCACUCCUCAGCAUCGUGGUCGGGCCGCAGACACAACCCCAAUGACCUCCACUGAUAUUUCACAGCCCCUCAAUGCUGCAGGACAGACAGCGUGCCCACACACACACACACACACACACACACAUACAUAAAGCACGUGCAAACGGAAGUGUGCAUGGACACAUCUGUGCAGUGUAAACUUGUACACAAAGAAAAUCAACCUGACUAAGCCAUCGGCCUGCACCCUUUCAUGUGAUUGUAGUGAGAGACGGAGAUGCAGAAUCGGGAUGUAGUGUGACCAAUCUUUGCACCUUCAGUUGUUGCCAUUACGACAGACUGAGAGCUUCACUGGCAGGAGCCGAUUAUCUAUGUCUGUAUGUCUGUGGUAAACGGGCACCAUAAAGAGAUUAUGUAAAGAGACGACUGGUUGUGAUGCUUUGGAGGCCUAAACUCCAGUACUGGAUGGAAUGUGAUGAUCUCACCAACGGGGAGGAAAAGCGGGAUCUCAACCAAAUUUCUCUGAUUCCCCCCUCUGGAUGGAAAUGAUGUUGCUUUUCUCUUGUUAUCAUUGCCGUGGAAAUAACCAGUUUUACCGUGGCCUGUUUUUCUCUCUCUCGUGGCUCUAUUGUGUUUCUUCUCCAGCAUAAAAAAAAUCUAAAUGACAAAAAGGAAAGAAAGAAAGCAAGAGACUGGACAAAGAAGGGGAUAAAAUCAGUCUGCACCCUCCCUUCUCCACCCUACCACCUAACGAAACCUCGUUGGACUCAGAAACGGGGCGGGGUGAGGGCAUAUGUGGUUUUGUAAAAAUCGUUGAAAUCAGGUGUUUGCACAAUUUGUGCGGCCCCUUGUUGUCGGGGGAUCGCCACAAGUUCAAUCAGGAAAGUGUUGUUUUUAAGAGAUUGUUUAAGUUAAAUAAUCUCAUUCCGUAUGUCUCUUUGCACCUCCUUACCUCCACCCCCUCUGACUCUCCUGACCAUUCAAGCGUUGUUAGAAAGUGCCCUUAAGCACUGGUCCCGGGUCAAGCGCCAUGUAGCUCAGGAUGGUUCUGGUUAGGAUUCAGUUCAGGGAAAGCAGAUCCUAGACCAGCCCUGGGGGGGCAGACUCUGGAGCCCCCAGACAACCCCCACCCCCCUCCGCCCCUUUUGUCUCGACACUUUAUCCUUCCCCAUCAAAUGGUGCAAUAGGACAUUUACUUUUUUGGAAAUGGGUUUUGUUUUUGUUUGGGGGGGGCAAGGCUUUGUGCCAUAGAUAUUAAAUUCAGUGCAGUCAGUCAGUGAGAUGAAUGAGCUGUUGUGAUCUUGAACUAUGGUUAAAAAAAAAAACAGCAAAAAACAAAAAAGAAUCACAAAUCUUGUCAUUGUUGAAGAGAUAGAGAGUAUAACUUACUAAAAGUCAACGACAAUUAUUUGAAUAGCACUUUUCUGGCUCUUUGCUUCUUUGGUGAAGAGUGGGGGUAGUUCUUAUUAUGGGUAUCUCUUUUAUUUCUCUGUACACAGUUGGAUGUGUGACUAAAUAUAUAUAAAUAUAUUACAGGUAUUUCCAUAUUUGUGCAUUUAUGUCUGUGUUUGGGGAUGUGUAUGUUUUGGCACAUGCAGGCAGUUUGUCAACACAACCGACCUCUUCUUCUUUCACCACUCAGCAACACCAUCAAUAGCAUAUUUUUCAUUCUCAAGAGACGGUAUUUUUAUAGCCACCGUGACUACUUACUCAGCCACCUAGACUGUUAAUAAACUCAGCUGAUUCAGGAUAUAUAUAUAUAUAUAUAUAUAUAUAUAUAUAUAUAUAUAUAUAAAUAUGAAACAUAUGCAGGAUACUCAUUUAAUGCACAUAUAUAUAUAUAUGAAUGAAUACACAGGUUAAAAGUAGACUAUCAGUUCAUGUCACAAUGGGGGUUCUUUAGGGCUGUUAAGUGUCGAUCUGCACGCAUGUGCGAUCACAUGCACACUUGCACACGCCCACACAGACAUGCGUGCAUUCAUACACAUGUAUGCGUGUACACUGUAUGAUUGUGCUUCAAAAGUAAAACUGUCCUUACGUUGGAGAAGGAAUGUUAGGAUGAGCGAUGUGAGUGUUAUCUCAUAAGCAGGCAUGUUGACCAUGUGCAAUAUUUCUAAAUGACAACAAAAGAAACUAAAUAUUGAAAAUAUUAAAGAUCUAACACAA